AUGAAUGGGAAACGCAUGCUCGAUGCCAAGUGGAUUCCUAGAUGGAAGACAUUGGCCAAAGGAGGCCUGAAUCCCAGAAAAGCUGUCCCGUCAACUAAGAGUAAAGUCUACAACCUGACCAUGUUUCCUUACCCUUCUGGAAUGCUUCACUUGGGACAUCUAAAGGUUUAUACGAUCUCUGAUGUGGUGACAAGAUUCAACAGAAUGAAAGGCUACGACGUGAUACAUCCUAUGGGCUGGGAUGCGUUUGGUUUACCCGCCGAAAACGCUGCCGUAGAAAGAAAGGUCAAUCCUGCAGUCUGGACCACCUCUAACAUUUCAAAAAUGAAAGCUCAGAUGGAGAUGUUCUUAGCCGAUUUUGAUUGGGAGAGAUGUGUCACAACUUGUGAUCCCUCUUACUACAAGUGGACUCAGAAGAUAUUUCUCCUACUACACGAGCAUGGUUUGGCUUAUAGGAAGAAGGCCGAAAUCAACUGGGAUCCCAUCGAUAUGACAGUGCUGGCCAACGAACAAGUUGAUGAUGAGGGCAGAUCUUGGAGAUCUGGUGCUCUUGUCGAAAAGAAACUACUUGAGCAGUGGUUCUUGGGCAUAACCAAGUAUGCCUCCGCUUUGAAUAAGGACUUGGAUACUUUGGAUGAAUGGCCACACAGUGUUAAAACUAUGCAGAGGAACUGGAUUGGGGAAAGUGAGGGUGCAAACAUUGAUUUUAAACUGAUUGGCAGUAGGCUAGUUACCGUUGACUCGGAUGUUUUAACAUGUUUCACGACUAGACCAGAUACCCUGCAUAGUGUUCAAUUCUUGGCUUUGGCAUUGGACCACCCUAUCAUUAAAGAGCUAUCAUUCGUGGAUAUUUCCCUUCGGGAUUUUGUCAGCAAACAUUCAGAUAGUAAAUCAAAUGUGACUACUGAACCUGACUCCAAAGAUGGUUACAUGUUGGGGCUGUUUGCCGAAAACCCAGUGGACCCCGAUGGUGAUGCUAUCCCCGUGUAUGCUGCCCCUUACGUGAUUGGGUCCUACGGCUCUGGUUGUGUUAUGGGUUGUCCUUCCCAUGAUGCUAGAGACUACGACUUUUGGGUGGACAAAUUUGGAGAUUCGGCUGAAUUCAAGCCAACAGUGGUACCUAAAAAUAGUUCUCUUGAAGUUGAGCUUCCAUAUAGACCCAAACAGGGCAUACUUAAUGAGAAUGCUGGGAAGUAUGCAGGGUUGACAGUUCCUGAAGCUCAAGAGGCCGUCGUCAAAGACCUAGAGGCUAAAGGUUUAGGUUUCAAAACUAAACAGUACAGAAUAAGAGAUUGGUUGAUUAGUCGACAAAGAUAUUGGGGAGCUCCAAUUCCAAUCAUUCAUUGUAAUUCUUGUGGGGUUGUCCCUGUUCCUGAUGAAGAUUUGCCUGUUUUGCUGCCACAAGUGGAGGGUUUAGUUGGCAAAGGUGGUUCGCCAUUGAAUCAGCUUGAAGAAUUUGUAAACUGCAAAUGUCCAAAAUGUGGGUCUGAUGCCAAACGAGAUACUGAUACGAUGGACACCUUCAUGGAUUCCUCGUGGUACUUCUUGAGAUACACCGAUCCAAAGAACGAGAAGGAAAUAUUUUCCAAAGAACUUGCUGAUAGACUCAUGCCGGUCGACAAAUACAUUGGUGGGGUGGAGCAUGCCAUUUUGCAUCUUUUAUAUUCCAGAUUUAUUUCCAAGUUUCUUCACGACAUCAAAGCUUGGGGUGGUGAAAACACCAACGGAGAACCAAUUAAGCGUCUUAUAACUCAAGGAAUGGUUCAUGGGAAAACGUUCAUUGAGCCUAAAACCGGAAGAUUCCUUCAAAAGCAUGAGUUAGAAAUCUCUGGCUCCAAAGUAUUUAUCAAAGGGACAAGUGUUGAACCCGAAGUAACCUAUGAGAAAAUGUCCAAAUCAAAGCAUAACGGAGCAGAUCCUGCAGAAUGUAUCCAGAAGUAUGGAGCAGAUGCCACGAGAGCGCAUAUUCUAUUUCAAGCCCCAAUCACGGAUAUUCUGAACUGGGAUGAAGGUAAGAUUGUUGGUGUGCAAAGAUGGCUCAAGAAGGUCAUCUCUCUAGCAGAAACUAUUGGGGAAAGAUUGACGAAAGAGCCUGAAGAAACCAAGCCAAUCAAGGAUUUCAACGAGAAAGAGACUCAGUUAUUCAACGACGUUCAAGAUUAUAUUGGCUCUGUCACGGAUUCGUUCGGUUAUACUUUAUCUCUAAAUACUGUGAUAUCCGAUUAUAUGAAGCUUACAAACAACAUUGCCGAUAAUGUCAAUGAUCCACAGGUCAGCAUCUCAUUAUUAAAGUCCUCAUUGGAGAAACUUUUAACGAUAAUGGCACCAGUGACCCCGGUGACAAGUGAGGAAGCCAACGAGAUUCUUCUUGCCAAGCAAAGCAUACCAUGGCAAUCCAUUUUGAAGGCAGAUUGGCCCGAUAUGGAACCUCGCAUAGAGAAUACUCAGAUGAACUUUAGUGUUAUGAUUAAUGGAAAAGUCAGAUUUGUGUUCAGUGGUGACAAAUCUCUAGUGGAAAAGGACCCCAAUGCGGUAUUAGAUAUUAUCCUAGGGACUGAAAAUGGGCAAAAACACAUCGGGUCCAAGGAAGUCAAAAGAGUUAUCAUAAAACCAAAAAUGAUGAGCUUCGUGCUCGGCAAAUAG